CGCACAGCACAGGACAAGGACGAUGUUGCACGGCAGGCCUUUCGUUUGGGGCGAUCGAUUACACCUGAAAAUGACACGGGAGCAAAGAAAUGUCGUAGGUUUGAGACUAGCCUAGCCUUGGAUGGGUAGAUGAUGCCCAGCUUCCUGGAAGGCGCUGCACACCAUUGUCAGCCUCUGGAACAUGCAGAUCCAUCCUGCAGCCAUCUAUAAUCAAAUUAAUCGUAAUUACCUACCAGCCAAGCGCUUGUAGUUUGUGCGUAAUAUUUACACGCUUCCCCACAGUGUGCAGAGUGGAGACCAUUUCUAUGAUGCUACAAGGUUCACAUAUCUUUGGGCACGAGAGGCCCCUGGUCAUCAGGUUGUCAUUCACCUCAUGCGUGUGGGGGACGGUCUCCCUGCCUCUGCUUGGCCUAACAACAUGUGUCUUCAUAUCCUCAGUUUUCCAUUUUGAGGACUCCACCGGUACUCACUGUCAGGUUCCUAAUUACCUGCCGUCGAUUAGUGCCUCAAUCAGCCUGAGCCCCGAGUGCCACAUCUGGCGCUUCUGCAUCGGGCUGCACUCCGCGCCAAGGUUCUUGGUGGCAUUUACCUACUUUAAGUUUUACAAGACUCGCUUUGCCUCGAGGUUCCCAGAGAGCUCGCUCAGCUGCCUGAAUCUGGCUUUUUCCAUUUCUGAAAACUUUGGCCUGUUGCUCCUCACUUAUGUGUCGUCCAGUGAGACAUACCUUGUACAUAAGGAGGGCUUUGUCCUGUUCAUCAUCAGCUCCCUCAUCUACAUGUUGAUAACCUGCCGGCUGUGGAAGGUGAUCAAGAAGUAUUCACUCAGUCCUGAGGACGCAAAGUCUUACCAUUGGAAAGUACGUUUCUUACUUCUCUUCAUAUCCUUCUGUGCUUUUGCUGUAUAUUUUUACUGGAAACACAACAUGUACUGUGAACCAGGGAGCUAUACGUUUUUUGCCCUGUUUGAGUAUUUGGUGGUCUUCUCCAACAUGGCCUUCCAUCUCACAGCAGUGUGGGACUUCAAGAGCAGAGAGGUCAUGGUCAUCUCCUCCUCCGAAGAUAAAGACUUCUGACUAGAGACUCAAGGAGCAGGUACUGAGUCCACCACUCCGCCAAUAUCCAGCGGGAAUAAUGAUCAUGCUGAAGAGGAAGAAGAAUGGAAAGAAGGCUUUUUCCACAUAUUUCCGUGAUGAUACUUUUAAAGAAAGUAUUAAAAAGAGAAAAAAAAGGCACUUUUGCUAGUCUACACUGUCAGUUAGCUGCAAGUGUAGUCCUUUGCCUCAUACUCUCAUUUAUGGACGCCUCCUCCUACUUUGGUAAACGUGAUCUUUUGUACGAUAUGCAGCACAGUUGUGAUCAUAGUGUAUGUAUGCCAAAGCAAAGUGGUGGUUCUGCUUGGCUUUUAUUGCUGAAAUUAAAAAAAAAAAUGUCUGCAAAUGAUGUCAAGUAGAGCAGCGCUACAGUGAAAGUCAGGAUGCCUAGUUUUUUUAUUUUUAAUUUUUUCCCCCUCUGCUCACAGUGGAGGAAAGGGUGCCAUAAUUUGCCCAUUUGGAAUAAGAAUUUAUAGAAAGGACACUUGCAUAUAAAUCAACAUUGUCUUUCGUUCGAUUUUCAUUUUUCAUUAAUAGUUCAACAAUGUCUAGUGAAAGUAUUUUGAUGGUGUUAAGUUGAAAUUAAGAAAACAGUUUUUUAAUAUCUUCAGUGUUUUUACUGUCUGUGUGCUGUGCACCCUGUAUGACCUGUUCCUAAUCCAGGUAUUAUGAUUGCACACGUCUUACUCAGUUGUGCUGCACAAGU